AUGAAGUGGCUCGUGCUCGCCACUGCCACCGCCGCUGCCACCGCCGCUGCCGCCACGGACCCGCGUCGUCUGCAGUGGGAGGACAACUGCGUGUACAACUGUCCCAACGAGGCGUGGCCCUGGAUUGACGACGGCGCGUGCGACCUGGAGUGUAACAUCGAGGCUUGCAACUGGGAUGGCCGGGACUGCUUCCACGACGCGAGCGAGUGCUUCGAGCAGUCGAACGGCGCUGAUUACCGCGGCAAAGUUGAUCACACCAAGUCUGGAAGGACCUGCCAGGCUUGGGCCGAGCAGAUGCCGUGGCACCACACCAUGACCGUCUUUGACUACCCCGACGCUGGCUUGGGCGGCCACAACUACUGCCGCAACCCGACCGGCCGCGAGUCUGGGCCGUGGUGCUACACGACCGACUACCCCGACGUGGAGUGGGAGGAGUGCGACGUGGGGGAGCCGAAGAAGUGA